AAAGGAAAAAAAGAAGAAGGGAAAGCUCCAUAUAUCUACAUUCCAAACUUGGAUUCCCUCCUUUCCAAAGUCCCAUCUAUAAAUACCAACCCCUCCCUUCAUACCUUUCCUCGCCAAACAAACACACACCAUAUACAUCUAUAUAUAUAACUAUAUAUAUCAUCACUUCUAUAUCACUCUUUCAAAUACCAACCCCAUCAAUUGAUCUUUUCUUGCGGUUCCGAUAUCAACUUAUCACCCUUUACCAAGAAAGAAAGAUAUCAACUUAUCACCACAUUCCACACUCACUAGUAGUCACUAGCUAAGUCAAAUAGUCAAUAUAUAUUAUAAGUAUGCAUUAUCAGGCGGAUGAGUCGUGGACGACGUCGGCGGGACCCAGAAAGUAUAUGAUGAAUCAUGAUAUGGUUGAUCCGAUGGAGAGGAUUGAGCGGAUGGCGGCGGAGAACGCGGUGGUGAUAUUCAGCAUGAGCAGCUGCUGCAUGUGUCACGCCAUCAAACGGCUCUUCUGCGGCAUGGGAGUCAACCCCACCGUUCACGAGCUGGACCUUCACCCCACCGGAUCCGACCUCCACGCAGCCCUCUCCGCCCUCCUCGGCACCUCCUCCGCUCUCCCCGUCGUCUUCAUCGGCGGCAAACUCGUCGGCGCCAUGGACAGAGUCAUGGCAUCUCACAUCAACGGCACUCUCGUCCCUCUCCUUAAGGACGCUGGUGCUCUCUGGCUCUGAUCUUCUAUAUCUAUCUUAAAAAUUAUGAUGAAAAAGAAAAACAAAAAAUAUAUAUUUAUAUAUAUGACUGAUCAUAUUUGUAAUAUUUUACGAUUUGGGAAAAAAAAAAAGGUAAGCUGCAGAGGAAGUGGAGUGGUGUUCCAUCGAGUGAAUUAACAUCUGGCAUUUUGGACAAACUACUUACUAAUCAUCGACCACUAAUAUCUAAUUAACUUACUAGUUUAAGUUAGUUUCAACUUCUUUGUCUUGUCUUUUAAUUUUUUUUUUCUUUCGCGAGAAAGUGUAUCUUAUCUUGGGUGUGCUUCAUGUUUGCAGCAACUUAAAUUAUCCCUAUUAUCCCUAGUUUUGUUUGUGUGUAAUUGCUCCCUCCUCUGUAUAUCAAGAGAACAAU